UAGGCCUUUAUUGGAAAAUAUAUUUGGGGAAUUCCCAUUAAAAAAAAAGGAUUAUUUGUGGUGUGCGUAUUUGGGGAUAUGGCAGCGACAGCAACGGCGACGGAAGCUCAGAGGAUUUGGUCUUCAGUGAAGCCUCGCCGGCGGCCAAAUCCGACAGUAGAGCGUAGUAGUAUUCCGGCCAGAAUUGGCAUCUGCAACCCAAUUCCUUUUCUUUCUACGUCUUUUAAGACCUCUUCGUAUUCUUUUAUAGUUCGAGCCUCCGAGGAACCUCAAACCCAAGAAGCUGCAAAUUCCGGCUCCAAUGACCCCGACCGUGCCUUCAUUUCUCAGGAGGAUGUGAGCUACGUGUGGAAAUUAGGAGCAGGUUCUAUUGUUGGUGCAGCUGUGAUAAAGUAUGGAAGUGUCAUUUUCCCCGAGAUAACACGACCGGACAUUUUGGUGGCCUUGAUUAUGAUUUUUACUCCAGUUAUUAUUGCUGUUUUGCUCUUGAUUAGGCAAAGUCGCCUGGAACAAUAACACUGGGAACUUUCAUAUAACAUUUUAUCACAUAUUGCACUGGUGGAAAAGAAUGUACAGAGAUCCAUUCGGUACAUGCAAUGCAAGUAGUUUCAAUGGAAUAUAUGUUUGUUCACAGUGCUGGAGCAAUGUUGCAGUCGAUGAAUGCCCUAAGGAAUUUGCCAAUUUGGUAAUGUUACUUUGAUGAUGAAAUCACUUCUGCUUGUCACGUUUCUUCUUGUUGUGACAAGAAAUGGACUAUGAUCAUGAUUCUUGUCUACAAUUUUCAUCAAAUUUCAAUCAAUAAUUCUAUGAA